GCGCGUCUCCACCGCGCGUCUCCACCGCGCGUCCGUCUCCACCGCGCGUCACCACCGCGCGUCCGUCUCCACCUCGCGUCACCUCUCGGCACUCGCUUUCGGUUUUGGAGUGAAAAUGGAGAAACGCUGCGCGGACGCGCGAGUCAAGGGGGUCAGCACCGGGACAACCAUCCUGGCGGCCAUCUUUGAUGGAGGGGUCGUGAUUGGUUCAGACUCCAGGGCUUCGAUGGGAGGGGAAUACGUGUCGUCAAAGACCAUCAACAAGGUGAUUCAGGUUCAUGACCGGAUUUUCUGCUGCAUGGCCGGCUCACUCGCAGACGCCCAGGCCGUCACCAAGGCUGCUAAAUUCCACCUGUCUUUCCACAGUGUCCAGAUGGAGACGCCUCCUCUGGUGGUGGCCGCCGCGUCGAUCCUGAGGGAACUGUGUUACAAGAACAAAGAGGAGCUGCAGGCCGGGUUCAUCACAGCAGGCUGGGACAAGAAGAAAGGACCGCAGGUGUACGUCGUGUCUCUAGGCGGGAUGUUAAUCAGUCAGCCUGUGACCAUCGGUGGCUCCGGCAGCACUUACAUCUACGGCUACGUUGACGCCAAAUACAAACCCAACAUGAGCAGAGAUGAAUGCCUACAGUUUGCCACUAAUGCUCUUGCUUUGGCCAUGGGCAGAGACAACGUCAGCGGGGGCGUGGCUCACCUGGUGGUGAUCACGGAAACGGGGGCGGAGCAUGUGGUUGUACCUGGUGACAAGCUGCCCAAGUUCCAUGAUGAGUGACCAGCCUGAAAACCGCCAUUGAAGUUUUUUUUUUUCAUUUUGCAUUAUGGCGAGUAAUGAUUUGGAUUCCACGCGCCACAGUUUUAUAACCAAUCUGCUCUGUGUUGUACUGGAAUAUGACAAAUUGCAUUCCUGAAUUCAGCAGCAUGGAACAUUAGUUAGUUGUCUGUCUAUAUGGAAACUGUUGAGUCUCUGUUAUUAGUUCAGACAAACUCUAGGACAAACGUGAAAACUCCACCAUCAACUCUCAAAUCCUCUUUUCCAUUAUAAUUCAGUUGACAUUCUGUCUUUCAUGUUUCGUGUUGAUGUUUUUAUUUCAUGAGGAAAUAUGUGAAAUUCAAAUAAAUACUUUCCAAAACCUC